AUGACCGCGAUGGGUUAUAAUAACUCUCUGUUAGCUAUUCUUUCAGUUGGUAGAAAAAUGUUGGUCGAAUAUCUCGUUGUGAUCUCAAUUGUUGCAGGGAGUUUGGUACUCCAGUGUGCAGCUCAGGAUGUACCCUCCUUUGAUCCUGAACAUCCACUCCCAACAGUGGUUCCACACAAGCUCGGUCAGCAUCAAGAUCACACAGGACCACUAGACAGACCAGAGCUACUGACGGAUCAUACCCACUUCGUUUCUGGACCAAACGUCCAUCAACAUCAUCACACUGGCUUCUUCCACAAUGUACCUCCAGCUCCAGAACCCUCAGUGAACAGCUACAUUGCAACCCUCAGCUACGGUGAGGGGUACCCUACCGUAAUCUACCAUUGCAGCCAUACAGAACACAAGCCGACCACGCCAUACACCUACGGUCCAAGUGGACAUGUCUGUACAGUAUCAUUCCUGAAGGAUCCGAGGCGCUCUCAACGCAAUGAAGUGAUAGAUAGGAUAAUAGGAACAAUAUUAUUAAUGCCCUGGAUGAAAGAGCCAAAUUCCAGAGCCUUUUCAAUGCCUGCUCCGAUCCCGCUUUUGUUUGCCUAACAUUGUGUGACAAACCAUUCCUAGUAUAUAUUUUAAAUAAAUUUGUAAUUCUAUUAAUUUUUCUUAUGUAUUGUAUCAUAAAUUAUUUUUUUCAUAAAUCAAGACUUUCCACAUCGUAGUUUUAUUGCUUUUACACCAUAGUUAUUUUAUAAGACGACGAUUCAGCAAGCAGAGGCCAUUUUUAAUUCUGAAAAAUGUCUUCUUUAAAUUUUAAAUUUAUUUAUUUUAUUUAAUCUCCUCCUCUUCUACAUCACAGCAGCGCGAUGAUUCCUUUGGUAGAGCUUGAUCCAGGAAUCUCUGUCCUAAACCAUCCGUCUUCU